CCAUUGUGUCCAGGCAAUUUGUGGAGAUGACCCGCUCUCGUGUAGAAGGACUGCUGUCUGCUUUCCCAAAGCUCAUCGGCACCGGAAAACAGCAUACGUUUGUGGAGACAGAGAGUGUGCGUUAUGUGUACCAACCCUUGGAGAAGCUGUAUGUGUUGUUGAUUACAACCAAGGCAUCUAACAUACUGGAGGAUUUGGAGACUCUGCGUUUGUUUGCCAAAGUGUUGCCGGAGUAUUGUCGUAAAAUGGAGGAGUCUGAAGUGGUUGACCAGGCUUUUUCUUUGAUAUUUGCCUUUGACGAAAUAGUGGCUCUUGGGUACAGGGAGAAUGUCAACCUGGCACAGAUCCGAACUUUCACAGAGAUGGACUCGCACGAGGAAAAAGUGUUCCAGGCUGUCAGACAGACUCAAGAGAAGGAAGCCAGGGACCACAUGAAGAAAAAGGCCAAAGAAAUAGGACAGCGAAACCGAGAAAUAGCCAAAUCUGGUCGCAGUCCAGGGUUUGGGAGCGCUGGAGGUUUUGGUGGUGGGACUUACCGAUCUGAGGACACCCCUGCCCUGGAUGCUAAUGUCUCUGCAGGGGAGACAACCAAGUCUUCCUACAACAAGCCCAGCAGACCUGUAGCAUCAGGACCCAGCAAGGCUCUCAAGCUCGGCUCCAAGAUGAAAGACGUAGAUGUGUUUGUGGGCCAGCUGCAGUCGGAAGGACAGAAAGUUGUUGAUUCAUCAAAGUCCAUCUCUGCGGCGGUCAACAAGUCCAGUGCUCCAGUGGCUAACCAGGAGAAAGUUCACCUGGUGGUGGAGGAGAAGAUCUCGCUGACUGCUGGCCGAGAUGGAGGGCUACAGAACAUGGAGGUCCAUGGAAUGCUGCGCUUGAGGGUCAACGACGAAAAGGCCGGGAGGGUCAAGGUUCACGUCACUAAUAAUGAUACCAAAGGAAUCCAGUUACAGACUCACCCCAAUGUUGACAAGAAGCUGUUUACCCAGACCUCAGUGAUCAGCCUGAAGAACCCGGAGAAACCUUUUCCUGUGGGACAGGACAUUGGUGUCCUAAAGUGGAGGUUUCAGACCCAGGAUGAGUCUCAUAUACCCUUGACAAUCAACUGCUGGCCCAAUGAGAACGGAGAGGUGAACAUUGAGUAUGAGUUACAGCAGGGACAUAUGGAGCUGGAGGAUGUUCAGAUCAACAUACCUUGUCCGAGCGGAGUAGGAGCGCCCGUAAUUAACGAAUGUGACGGCGAGCAUCGCUAUGACAACCAGAAGAGGACACUGCAGUGGAGUCUGCCAUUCAUUGACUCCAGCAACAAGUCAGGAAGUCUGGAGUUCACCAUCAAUGGCCAGCCAGAUGAUUUCUUUCCCAUCACGGUGACUUUUGUGUCCCGGCAGUCAUUUUGUGAUAUAAAGGUGGAUGAGGUACAACAGAUAGACGGAGGUGCUGCAGAAAAAUUCUCCUCAGAAGUCCUCGUCUUUGUGGAAAACUAUGAGGUGGUUUGA